AACCGUGCACUUGACACACACCUGCAGACACACAUGUAGACAGGCGGCUCUCGCUCUGGGCUCUGACUGCUCUGCAUUUGACUAUCAUAAAUUACUGAUUAGAGACUGAUGAUGGCAGGCUGCAAUCGUGCACUGAUCGUGUCGGUGUCGAGUUUUUACCCCGGGGUUCAGCUGAGCGCCCGUCCCGGAGCCGAGCGUGACACCCGCAUACUGCACCGUGCCCUGCACACCCGCGGGUACCGCACCCGCAUCCUCACCGACCCCGACGCCCAGGACAUCUACACAGCCUUCCACACAGAAAGCAAACAGGUGACGGAUGGCUGUUUUAUAGGAGUUAUCUCCAGUCAUGGGGAAGAGGGUGUAGUGUUCGGAGCAGACGGGCGCCCGGUCCAGCUCUCUAAAAUCUACAGCUACUUCAGUGGACCAAACAUGGCGGGAAAAAACAAACUCUUCCUCAUUCAGGCAUGUCGAGGACACCUGCUGGAUGAUGGCGUUGAGGUUGAGGCUGAUUCUGUAGGCUGUGAGGAUGAAGGAUUGUCAGAGUAUUCCUCUGUCCCAAUCAACACUGUGGUCAUGCAUGCUACAGCUCCAGGUUACGCAGCCUUCAUGAACUGGGCGGGAUCCAUAUUCCUGCAGACAUUCUGUAAGCUGCUGAAUGAUGGAGGGACAGACCUGGAGGUGACAUGCCUGCUGACCCGUAUCAGUUACCACAUUGCCCACCACUUCAGUGCCAGGGGCGGAAAUCUGCAGGGCAAAAAAGAAAUGCCCUGCUUCAUCAGCCGCCUAACCAGAGAGUUCUACCCUUUUCGGGAUCACCAGAAGAACCGGGGCUUUAGACUUUCAGCUACAGAACUCCUCGAUGAAUCAUACUCCACACGCAAAAACUCCAUCAGCUGAUUCUACACAACAUCAAAUUGUAAAGUAAUGCACAAAUACUGAGCUGGAACAUGUCAAAAGCCUUGUAUCUCCAAAACAUCAACUUUACAGGAGGAUUGACUUGCAACUUCCAAUACAAGGCAAUGAACAAAGAGAGAUACUAGUGAUUUUCUAUUAUGUCAAAAAAAGUAAAACACAUAAAACAUGGAAGUUUUUAGGGUACAAUGUUUACAAUAACCUGCAAAGUUUCAAAAGUGUUACAUGUAUUUAUUGUUUUAUAAGAGACAGAAUAACAUGGUAACUAAGGGAAAUGAAAGGAAGUGGGUAAGAUUAGGGAGUGGGAAUAUUUCUUGUUGGUUUAUUAAAGGAAGUGGGUUUUCCAGACAGAACAGCGAAACAAAGUGAGGAAUCCCGAAAGGAAAUGAAAUCUGAGAAGAAAUUAUGAAUUUGGGAUGAAGGGCGAGGUUUCCCUGCUGAAAAGUUUAAUUCUGAUUGGUGGAGAGGACAGUGAUGAACCCAAUUAAUAAAAACACUGAACUGUACAGAAUUUUGUAAAGAUAACAGGGCGAUCUGAUUAACUGCAGUCUUUAUUUAUUUGUAUUGUUAAAAUUUAGAUGAGACUUAUUAAUAUUUAUAUAACUAGAUCUGAUUACAUAUAGUAAUAAAGUUAUAUAAUAAAGUGAUAUAAUACA